ACAUUUAAAGCUAAGAUGAAGCUUUUCUCUGUGCUUUUACAGAGACAAAAAGUGCUGCACUUUCCCUCUGUGCAGAUGGUGCUGAAAGACAAUGCUUCUGCAUCUGAGGCUUUUGACAAAGUUGCAAAAAAGUACUCUCAGGUCAUAAACAGAGUUGGGCAAGAGUUUGAGAACAGGUUUUGUGACCUGGAUCAGCUUGAGCCAUGUGUGUCGUUCAUUUCUAAUCCUUUCAUGAACGUGGACAUAUCAUGCAUUGCUGAGCAGUUAAGUGCAACAUUAAGCCUGGAUGCUGAACAGACGCAUCCCGGCACGGAAGUGACGGUGGUGGACGUGUACGACCACAUGGCCAGCCUCCAGCCGCUGUGGAAACAGGUGGAAGGCUUCAGGAAGGCCGUCGAGCCGAUCAUGAGAAAGGCUCCCCACGGAGUUCACCUGCUGUGCUUCUCCCAGGGGGGUCUUAUUUGUCGAGCACUUCUCUCCAUGACGCCCGACCACAACGUCCACACCUUUAUUGCCCUGUCAUCGCCCCUGGCAGGCCAAUACGGAGACACAGAAUACCUACGCAACUUGUUUCCUGACAGUGUCAAGAAAACCCUCUUCCUAGUUUGCUACAACGGCGUCGGGCAGAAAGUGUCCGUUUGCGGUUACUGGAACGAUCCUCACCACAGGUCCAGAUACUUAAAGAGCAACAAUUUCCUGCCGCUGCUCAAUGGCGACACACCUCACAAAGAGAUGGAAGCCUGGAAAGACAACUUCCUGCGCAUCAAGAAGCUGGUGCUGAUCGGAGGACCCGACGAUGGUGUCAUCACCCCGUGGCAGUCCAGCCAUUUUGGAUUCUACGACAACAAAGAGCGCAUUGUCGAAAUGAGGAACCAGAAGUUUUACAGGAACGACACGUUCGGAUUGAAGACGCUGAGCGCACGUGGAGACGUGUCGCUGUGCCUCCAAUCCGGAGUGCAGCACAUCCGCUGGCACUCCAACUACACCGUGUUCAGCAGCUGCAUGGAGGAGUGGCUGACAUAAAAGCACCAGUACGUUCCGACACCAUCAGCGCCGCCGCCAACAUGGAUGCACAUAAUUUGGCACUGUAGAAAAAAAUAACAGCAAGAGUGUUCACCAGUUUUGGAUCUACUGUCAAGGUUCUUGACACCUAAGAAUAAAUACAAUAUUUUAUUUUCUGUAUAUUUGUUCAACAAAUAAUUAUUUUGAAAUGUAUUUGUAUUUAAAAAGGCUUUUUAGAAUGUUGUUAAUUUUUUCUCUUAAUAUAUGCAAAUAUAGAGUACAAAAAGUGGUUAAAAUACAUAUUUUUUUGCUUGGUGUUCCAUGUAUGAUGUAAAAGAAGAGGCUAUUGUAUAACUACAUGUUUAACAUUAACUACUGGCAUAAUAAAUUGCAGGAUAUGUC